AUGAGUUUCCCGCCAUCAGCUUUCAACGAGAGCACUACGGCGAUGACGUAUCUGCCAAGCUCAACUAUUAUGGGACCAUUCGGAAAGCACAUAAAAUCUGUCUAUGCUGGGGGAAGAUUUCCGCCCGUAAGGCCUACAGUAUCUCUGGAUCCGAGACCCAUUGUGAUCCCAAUACUGUCCUGUGUGAUCUGCUUUCCGGUCUUGGCUUUCGCCCUCAUAUGUGCGCUGAGAUAUAGAGCACAAAGGUUGAGAAGAAAAGAGCACCUCAAGAGAGUACAGUCUGGUUGUCGCUCAGUGACGCUGGAAAUUCCGGCCAGAGAGAAAUCAUCGUUUUAUUCCAAAGAUUCUUCCUCAGAUCCAAGUUUGAAAGGACUUGGCGAAGUUUCACAGGCGAUGCCUGAGAGCCCACCCCCGCCCCUCUUGGGACCCGUGCCCCACCCAUCCACUGGACGUCGACGUAGUAGCAGCCAGCACGUCAAGUUCGUGACCACAACGGCCGUGUUGCACCACGGACGUGCAGUGACUGGCUUGAGUCACGGUCGCUUCAAGCGCGCGAAGGGUGCGCGGAAGAUCUUCUGGGACGAACAUUCCUCUCACGCAGGUGCUGAGUGCGCACAGGAAUUGGAACGAGAGUUGAGCUUGACACUGGACAACAGCUAGCAGAUGGACCGGCUAGGUGUACCCCUAGCCAAAAAACGAAAAUCAAUCGACAAGAGAGUUUGAAUUCGGAAGUGGAUGGAGUCUUUUUUACCCUUUUCUGAACU